AUGGGGCACCCUCAUGUCCAGCUUUGGACGGUGCUUCUGUGGGCACUGGUAUGGGCACAGGGCGUAGAAUCUACAUGCUCCUCCUGUGGAGGUCCAACAAUGGCACCUCAAGCAGAACGAGCUCUGGUCCUGGAGCUAGCCAAGCAGCAAAUCCUGGAGGGGCUACACCUGACCAGCCGUCCCAGAGUAACCCGUCCUCCACCGCAGGCAGCGCUGGCCAGAGCCCUGCGAAGACUGCAGCCCAGCCGCCUGGCUCCAGCCAGCAGGGAGGAAGUCAUCAGCUUUGCUACUGUCACAGACUCCUCUACUUCAACCGGCAGCUCCAUACUCACCUUCCACGUGUCCCCUCUUCGGUCCCGCCACCUGUACCACGCCCGCCUCUGGCUGCACGCGCUCCCCUCCCUCCCCGGCGCUCUGCACCUGAGGAUUUUUCGAUGCGGCGCAAGGAGGAGGUGCCGAGGGUCGCGAGCCCUCCUAGCUGAGCACCAAGUGACUACUCCUGGCUGGCACGCCCUCACUCUGCCCUCUAGUGGCCUGAGGGGUGAAGACUCUGCCGUCCUGAAACUCCAGCUGGACUGCAGACCCCUAGAAGACAACAGCACAGUUGUUGGACAACCAAGACGACCCCUGGACACAGUGGGGCACCAACGGCCCUUCCUGGAACUUCAGAUGGGCGCCAGUGAACCUGGACCAGGUCGAACCAAGAGGAGGACACCCACCUGUGAGCCUGAGACCCCCUUAUGUUGUAGGCGAGACCACUACGUAGACUUCCAGGAACUAGGAUGGCGGGACUGGAUCCUGCAGCCCGAGGGAUACCAGCUAAAUUACUGCAGUGGGCAGUGCCCGCCCCACCUGGCUGGCAGCCCUGGCAUUGCUGCGUCCUUCCAUUCUGCAGUCUUCAGUCUCCUCAAAGCCAACAAUCCUUGGCCAGCGGGUACCUCCUGCUGUGUCCCGACUGCCCGAAGGCCUCUCUCACUCCUCUACCUUGACCAUAAUGGCAAUGUGGUCAAGACGGAUGUGCCAGACCUGGUAGUCGAGGCCUGUGGUUGCAGCUAG